AUGGUUUAUUAUUUUAAGUCGACCGUUGUAGAUCCUCCGGCGUUCGUCUACGUCGGCAAAGACAAAUUUGAGAAUGAGGAGUUGAUCAAGUACGGCUGGGAGGAAGAUGUCUGGGGUUACUAUGAGCAGUUUCACGUGGACAAGCUCUCGAGUGCACAUAUCUACCUCAGACUCAACGAGGGCGACACAUGGGACAACAUACCGCAAGAUCUCCUCACGGACCUCGCCCAGCUAACCAAGGCCAACUCCAUCGAGGGCAACAAGAAAGAUAACAUCACUAUCAUCUAUACUCCCUGGUCCAACCUCAAGAAAGAUGGAAGCAUGGCCGUUGGACAAGUGAGCUUCAAGGACCAACGCAAGGUCAAGAAGAUCCUGGUGCCCGCGAGAGAAAAUGUCAUUAUCAACCGCCUCAAUAAAACCAAGGUUGAACAGCACCCCGAUCUUCAGCAGGAGAGGGAAGAUCACCGCAGAGAACUGAGGAAGAGAGAUCAGGCUGCGCAGCUACAACGGCGGAAGGAAGAGGCCAAGAUAAUGAAGGAGAGACAGGAAAAGAAGUGGCAGAAGGAUCAUGCCUAUGAUGAUCUCUUCACGGAAGAAAACAUGGAGGCGUCGAGCAACCAGAACCGGUCUGCGGACUGGGAGGAAGACUUCAUGUGA